CGUCCAGUUUGUCCCGUGCCUGCGACCCGUUCACAACGAACGUCGAACGGAAAAGAUAAAAUCAAAUUAACAACAAACAAACGAAAGAAAGUGAGAGAGAGAGAGAGGCCGAGAUAGGCAGAGAUAGGCAGAGACUUUCAACAUUGUUUCGUUCUCUGGUGAUUAUCAUUGUUAACCGAAAAAAAGGGGGCCAGGUGCGAAUCAGUAGCGCCCAGUGUCGGUGUUUUUUGCCGUUGUCUAAAAGAAAAGAAAACAUGAAGUGAUAAGGGAGUGUUUUUAUUUUUGUUCUUCUGUUGCUGAUGCUGCCGCCACCGCCUUGUGGCUUGUCUGUUAUUAUUGUUAUUAUACGUGCAGUACGCAUGUCUGACUAAACUGUACGAGUCGUUAGUGAUCGAUUAUCAGUUAAAAAAAGGGGAAGAUAAAAAAAAAGAUGCUUCAGAAGAACGUCGUCAUUAACGGACGGGUGCCGGAGCCGAUGCCAGGACCCAAAGCAGCGGUGAAUGAGGUCGUCAACAACAACCAGAAGAGAGUGAAGCUGGAACGCGUCCUGGGGUUGACCGUCACAUCAAAUGCGGCGCUCGCCUGCGAUCCCAAUACGGGAACCAUCGCCUAUCCUGCGGGAUGCGCCGUGGUGUUGUUCAACCCACGCAAGAAUCGCCAGACUCACAUUGUCAAUCCGUCGCGUAAAACGCUAACGGCGGUGGCUUUUUCGGCCGAUGGCAAGUACCUGGUGACGGGCGAAUGCGGUCACCAGCCCUCGGUCCGCAUUUGGGAUCUGGCCGAUAGGAGCCAGGUGGCGGAAUUUGCCGGGCACAAGUUCGGCGUCGUUUGCGCGGCUUUUUCGCCCAACCACAAGUACGUGGUGUCGGUUGGCUCGCAACACGACAUGAUUGUCAACGUAUGGGAUUGGCGUAGCGGCGUCAAAGUGGCCUCCAACAAGGUGUCGUCCAAGGUGAAGGCCGUCUCGUUUGCAGAGAACGGCUCCUACUUCGUGACGGUGGGUAACCGGCACGUCAAAUUUUGGUACCUGGAAUAUUCUCGAUCGGCCAAGUAUAAGGAACCUGUGCCGCUGAUGGGCCGUUCGGCCAUUUUGGGCGAGCAGCGCAACAACUACUUUUGUGACGUCGGAUGCGGUCGCGGUGAGAUGGGCGACUCGACGUACGCCAUCACCAAGACGGGCCUCCUCUGUGAAUUCAACAACCGUCGCCUCCUGGACAAAUGGGUCGAAUUAAGGACGUCGAGCGCCAAUUGCUUGGUGGUUGGCGAGCAGCACAUAUUUGUCGGCUGCGCUGACGGCAUCGUCCGAUGCUUCAGUCCAUUUACGCUGCAGUUCGUCACGACUUUGCCGAGGACGCACUACCUCGGCGUCGACGUCGCCAAGGGUCUCUCCAUCAGUCACAUGGCCUCGCAUCCGGCCAAUGCCAAAUACCCGGACACGGUGGCGCUCACCUACGACGAGACGAACCACAAGGUGGCCUGCGUCUACAGCGAUCGCAGCCUCUACUUGUGGGACAUCACCGACAUCCGCAAGGUUGGCAAAUCGCAUUCGUUUUUGUACCACGCUGCCUGCAUUUGGGGCGUCGAAUCGUACCCCUCUUCCAAAGAAGGCAUGAAGGGCGUUCUGCCCACUGGCUCGUUCGUGACCUGCUCGAGUGACGAUACGAUCCGCGUCUGGAAUCUCGACCCCAACAUGGGCACCAACACCAUCUACCGGCGCAACAUUUACAGCAACGAUCUUCUCAAGACCUUGUACGUUGAUCAAGAAUUAGCUUUCCUGAAGGAUCAGGAUCUAGCUGCAGGCGGCUCGUCGGACAAGACUGACUCGACUUAUGAUGCCCGUAAUGGUGUCCGAUGCAUCCGGAUUAGUCCGGAUGGCAAACACCUGGCUUCGGGUGACCGAGCCGGUAACAUUCGGAUUCACGACAUGCAAUUCAUGGAUCAACUCUACAAAAUCGAAGCCCACGACUCGGAAGUGUUGAGUUUGGAAUACUCGAAGCCCGAAUCCGGAUUAAGACUCUUGGCUUCGGCUUCGCGCGAUCGUCUCAUUCACAUCUUUAGUGUCGAUCAGGGUUACAGUUUUGUACAGACGCUGGAUGACCAUUCGUCGUCCAUCACUUCUGUGCGGUUCGUUUUAAGUCAUGGACUCUUUCAGAUGGUCUCUUGCGGUGCCGAUAAGUCGCUCAUAUUCCGCCAGCUGCAACAGGCUAAUGGCAACAGUCAGGUGCAGUUUGCCCGCGGACACAAUAUCGUCGGCAAGACCACCUUUUACGACAUGGAAUCGGACCAGAGCCAGAAACACAUCUUGACGGCAUGCCAGGAUCGCAGCGUCAGAGUUUACAACACGUCCACUGGCAAGCACAGCAAGACUUUCAAGGGAUCCAACAGCGAUGAUGGAACGCUUAUCAAGCUCUGCCUGGACAGCAGCGGCCUAUACGUGGCCACCAGCUGCACGGAUAAGACGUUGGCCGUCUACGAUUACUAUUCCGGCGAAUGCAUGGCCACCAUGUAUGGCCACUCUGAGCUGGUGACUGGUCUGCGCUUCACUAAUGAUGGCAAGCACCUGGUCAGCGUUUCGGGCGAUGGGUGCGUCUUCAUAUGGAAGUUGCCGCACGAUAUGACUGUGACGGUUCAAGCCCGGCUGACUCAACAGAGCGCCCGAGCGGCCAAAGAGAGCCGGCGGGCCACUUACAACACUCACGGAGGUAGCGGCAGUGGCGGACCCCUUUCGCCGGAUCUUAAAACCGAUAAUGAGGAAUUCGGUUCUCCCCCGCCGGAAUUGUUUGAUCCCAAUGCCAACGCUAACCAACAAGGGAUGGAGGAAGACUAUCGUUUCAGCGUCGGUCAGCUGCCCCUGUGGGCCAAGAAGCAAAUCGGUGAAAACAAUCCACCCAAACCCGGAAGCAAUAGUACGAACAAGGGAGGUGUCGACUUGCCAAAGGGUCGAUGGGCACAGAGGAUGGAUACCACCAACGCAUCGGGCAUCACUGUCAAGUCAUUUUACCAAGGCGACAGUGUCAUUCCUUUCCCUCCGUCUCAGAUGGAGAAAGGAAACCUGGCAGACUCCGACGGUUCCAAGGACAGCUCACUGGAGAGUAACGAGUUCCGCAGCUACGGCCGCAACGACGGGACAUUUCUCAAAGAGAACGAACCUGACGAAUUUGUCCCUUGUCCUGCGAGCCUCGAUGAAAUCGAGCGCGCCUCUCUCGCUUUCCAGAUUCCGACGUCGAAGAUAACGCGGCGAGGCGGCGAAAGUUCGGCAGAGAGUGGGCGUGGCCGGACAUUGACUGACGACAGCAGCGCCAGCAGCUUGAAAAUGGAGGAUUUCGAAGGGACGGAACAUGACGGUGACGUCGAAGAUUAUUCUGACAACGAGUCCACCGAGCCCGAACAAACUGAGAAGUUGAUGUAUUACCCCCAAAACGAGGAGACCAGCAGCGAUUACACCGUCAACGCUAUGGAUGUGGAGGAGUUGCGACGAUCGCAGCGUCGCGUGAAGAAACCACGAUCGUCCGGCACGGACCUUGGCAUGAGUUACACUUUGAACCCGCCCAGUAGCACAGUUUCUGUCUCAGGGUCGCAGGACUCGGAAGACGACGACGAUGAAAUUUCGACGCCAAGUGGCGAACUUGCCGAACGAAAUCUACUCUCGCUCCUUUCCGUCAGUUCCGAAAGUCUGGAUCGAGUGGGUCGCCGUGAGUCGUACCUGAAGAGUAAUUUCGAGUCGCUUGGAGGUCAGAACGAUAAUCUGGACAUGACGGUCGUCUCGGCCGAAACGGAGGACGGCUCACCUUUCAACAAGUCCAAUUUGAGCAGCUUGACGUCGAAAUUCUUGACGAAGAGCAACAGCAACGCGGACAUGAUCAGCGCCGUGAAAGCCACCCAGCGCGAUCCUGAAGCGGCCCGCAAGCGUGAGGAGCUGCAGCGCCGAAUCGAGGAGACGCGGCGCAAAUUGCAAAGCAUUGGCUACAAGUCGAAUUUGAGGAACAGUCAAAGCAUCACCGAUCUGCGAGAGAGUGGACCUGCCUCGUUGACGGCUUCGCCGACUCCCAACAUGACGUCGUCCGGCUCCGUCGCCGGAGGUGGAGGAGGCGGCACUUUCGAUUCGUCGUCGGCUGGUGGUCGAAUGUGGGGAUCGACCAAGGAUCGAGUUGCCAACGAUGGUGAAGCUGAUGCUGAGAACGGCACCAGCGGCCUGCGUCGAGCAUGCUCGUUGAGCGACCUAUCGAAGCCUUCGCCACGUAGACUCUUGCCCUCUCCGCCCAACAAUGUGUCUGGAAAAGUGUCCCGGCCUGCGGCCUCCACUCCGCAACAAACUCAGCCACAACCUCAAAAAGCCAGGCAGUUUGUUCAAACCCAGCCAGUUAAGCGGACGUCGCUUAGACCCGCCGUUUCGACCGAUCUGACUCGCAGUUCGUCCAUGGGAUUUCUUAAUCAGGCCAACGAUUCGGACAGCGAGCUGAAACGACCUCAGUCGAGCGCUUCUGGUUCGACCAAUUUGAUCCACUCCAAUCGUGGGAGUCUAACUGUCGCUUCCGGCGUAUCCAAAUCGCCUUCGUUCGGAUCCAUUUCUCGUCCCUCGUCAACACAGUCAGCCAUGCGGCCCACCAUCAGCUCAGCCAACAAAGCUGCCGCCAUGUCUGGCAGUAAAGUUGGUGGAAGCAACAGUGGUGGAACUCCGAUGAAAUCUCUGCAGACGACUCGUCGUAUUUCAUCGGCCGUUUCCACUGGGGACAUCCAGCAGGCGUUGCACGAUUCUUCCAGUUCAGAGGAAGCCGGGGGAACCGAGCCCAAAACCAACGUCAAGGCCCGAGUGAUGAGUUUUGAGAAAACGGUUGGCGGCCGAAGUGAAAAGGCACGCUCUGUUUUGUUCACUCCAUCUCCCAAGACCAAUCCGGCUCGCCGUAGUCUCUUCAACAGUCCAGUCACAUCUGCAUCGUCGUCCACUCCGGGAGUGGGUGCACCUCGGUCCGCCCCGUCGACUCCAUCCGACAAUGGCCCAUCCCACGAUGCCAAUAAAGUCUUGUCACGAGCCUCGUGUGAAUUGGCCAUUGAGACCAUGAAGGCCUCAACGGAGCAGCUUCUUCUGUUGCAGCGCCGACUUGCGGGCGGGACGGGUUCGUCUGAAGGUUCAGAAUCCAACCUGUCGGAUCGAGAACGAGCUGAGCUACUGCAGUUGCUCUCUACGGCUUCUAUGCCCAUCAUCCAAAGUCUGAAGACUCUCCAGUUCCCACCGGCGGGCAUAGAGCUGGAUCGAUUGGCAAAUGCGACGUCGCCACAACCCAAUGAAAACAAUCCUUUGAUGGUUCAGAUGAUGCAGCAGUAUUCUGACAUGCUUCUUUCGAUGAUCCACCAGCGAAUGGGAGUCCCGGCUCCGCCCUCUCCGCGGUAGCUUGCCAGCAGUCCCAGCAGCCAAAAAAAUGACGCCCCGUAACGUUGUGAUUCUGUUGGGCGUGAUUCGUUGCCACACAUCACGAGACCUAUCUAUUCCUGAACGAGAAAUUCUUCAGUGACCCCCCAUCCCCUCUUUACAUUCUCAGUUGCUAAACGAAAGAACAAGGCCGUGUAUAGGGUCUGUCUGUCUGUCGAGCUCUCUUUCCCCCCCCCCUUUUUUUUUCUUUAUGGAAGCCCCGUCCAUCUCAUAUAACGAUGUGCGUAGCCGUCGGUGCCAUUUUUUUCAUCCUCUUCUUCCGCGUUGUUUCCUCUCCCCCCCCCCCCUCUCUCUACAAUCUUUUAAACUCUCCAACAGGGUUUCAUCGUCUGAAAUAAUCCUUCAAAAACAUUUUUGUACCAAAGCGAUGGGAACAUCAACAUUCCCUGCUCUCUGGUUUCGUUAAUUAACGUGUUAUUUGCGAUAUUUAGUGUAAGGGCUUCUAUGGUUUAUUUGCCAAUCGUUCUUCUACUUUUGUUUUUUUGAUCUAAAAAGACUUGAGACCAGAUAGCUACAAAAUUUCCAUCCAUUCCAACCCAAUCGCUCUCGAUGCGGUCAAGUUUUCAAAUUGGUCAAAUUUUCAAAUAUUUUUUUUCUUUUUUAAGAUUAUCACGAAGUACGAUACUGCGCGUAGGAUAAGCCACCCCAUCCCCUAAUGAUUGUACAUUAUAUCUGUAACAUAGAGUUAUUAAAAACACAGUGAAAGAAAGUUAAAGGAAAUGAAUUAGUUUCCGUGCCAAACUGAGAUGUUGGAGGCCUUUUCACAUUCCACCAAUGCUUCUAUUCGACUGGCAUGUUGGGAAACAUCUGCAACCACCAUGAGCCAAGCCUUUUUGGGAAAAUUAAUUACCUUAUCAUGCAUGAUUUUCUUCUGUAGACCAUACUUCCACCAAUUAAAGUUCCAGGUUCAUCCCAUUUUUGGCGUUACUUUGCUAACAAAUUGAGCGGUAAUAAACACUCUUUAAAAUUGUGAA